AGACUUCCGAACUGUGACAGAAGCACCGCAAGCACCCAAUAUUUCAAUAUUCUGCUCUUAUAUUUGUUUCUCUUUCCUUUUCUCGUCUUCUUCUCGACUUGCUCUGCAACACAUUUUCUUCUGGACUCUCUUCCUUUCACUUUCCAACAGCGCUUCUUUCAUCUAAGGCAAAAUGGCCCUGCCCAUUUCAGCAAUUGGUUUUGAGGGAUACGAAAAGAGACUCGAGAUAUCAUUCUCUGAACCUGGGAUUUUUGCUGAUCCAGGAGGCAUGGGCUUCCGCUCUUUGUCCAAAUCCCAAUUGGAUGAAAUUCUAAGCCCAGCUGAAUGCACAAUUGUCAGUUCAUUAUCGAACGAUGAAGUUGACUCUUAUGUUCUUUCUGAAUCUAGCCUCUUUGUGUACCCGUACAAAAUUAUCAUCAAAACCUGUGGGACUACAAAAUUGCUUCUCUCAAUCCCACCCAUCCUGAAGUUAGCCGAGAUGCUUUCGCUUUCUGUGAGAUCAGUGAGGUACACUCGUGGAACCUUUUUGUUUCCUGGCGCCCAGGCGUUUCCUCAUCGCAACUUCUCCGAAGAAGUUGCUGUCCUGGAUAGCUACUUUGGCAAGCUUGGUUCUGGAAGCAAGGCUUAUGUAAUGGGUAGCGAUGAUAAACCUCAGAAGUGGCACGUUUACUCUGCUUCAGCCGAAUCAUCAACAAAUUCGAACCCGGUUUACACACUGGAGAUGUGCAUGACUGGUUUGGACAGCAAGAAGGCAUCUGUGUUUUACAAGACUUCUGCAAGCUCUGCUGCUCUGAUGACUGAAUCCUCUGGUAUUAGGAUGAUUCUACCGGAGUCUGAGAUAUGCGACUUUGAAUUUGAGCCUUGCGGUUACUCCAUGAAUGCCGUUGAGGGGAGCGCAAUUUCUACCAUUCACGUAACCCCUGAAGAUGGAUUCAGCUAUGCGAGUUUUGAAGCAGUGGGAUAUGAUUUCAAAGUGUUGAAUUUGACCUGCCUGGUUGAGAGAGUGUUGGCUUGCUUUGAGCCAAUCGAGUUUUCUGUUGCUGUCCAUGCUGAUGCUGAUGUUGCUGGGGUAGUUGAUGGUGAAAUGAAUGUGGAUGUGAAGGGAUAUUUCUGUGGAGAAAGGAGCUAUGAGGUUCUUGGCAAAGGGGGUGGGGUCAUUGUUUACAAGAGCUUCACAAGGGCUGGUGGCUGUGGGUCUCCCAGGUCAAUUCUGCAAUGCUGCUGUUGGAGUGAGACUGAGGAAGACGAGAAAGUGCUAAAGAUGUAAUUCACACACAUUACAUACUGGUUCAGAUAAUUACUGUUAUUGUCUCCAUGCGUAUGCGUGCUUUGAAGAUUUUAUGUUCUUUGGUUUAGAAGAGUCGAGAGUCGCAGCUAAUAAUAAUAAUAAUAAAUGAGAUCCGAGUUGCUCAAGUACUAGGAGUCGGAUCGUUAUAAACAUUUUUUUUUUUUUUUUCUGUUGGGUUUGUUUUGCUGCAGGGUGGUCGUUGGUCUUUUUUAAUUGUCAGUGAAAUGGUGUUAUGAGUCUGCGGUGUCUGAAAUAGCUUGGGUGGCUGAGGCGUUGUACCUUCGUUUUCUUAUUCUAAUGAAUGAAUGGGGUUAUUGCUAA